CGGGUGUCCAGGGGCGGGAGCCGGGAGAGCCCGCCCGGCCGGCGGGUGAGGGGGGCGGGGAGGAGGGGCGGCUCGGCGCGUCCCUCCGCGGGGCCGCGGAAAGUUGCGAGGGCCGGGGAGGAGGAGGCGGCGGCGGGUCCCUCGGCCCCUGUGGCGAGGAGCUGCCCGGUCCGGGGCCGAGGGUUUCUCUCCUGCCGGCCCCGACGCGCUCCCCGGGCCCCUCCGCCCUGAGGCGGGGAGCGGGAGCAAUGGCGACGUGACACACCGAGGGGCCGCGGGGCGGGAAGCGGCCCCGCUCCCCUCCCGGCCCGGCCGCUCCUCCCCGGGGGAACCCGCCGUUCCCGGGGCCGCCUUCACCGCCCUCCCUCCCUCUUUCCCUCCCUCCCCCCCCUCUUGUUUUGCAGUGUUUUCCCGUCUGCUCGCGGCGGAGAAGUCUCGGAGCUGGAAUCCCUCACGUAACCUUUGAAGAUGAAGGCAGCAGAUGAGCCUGCCUACCUGACAGUGGGAACUGAUGUCAGUGCCAAGUACCGUGGUGCCUUCUGUGAGGCAAAGAUUAAGACAGUGAAGAGGCUUGUGAAAGUCAAGGUUGUCCUGAAGGGGGAUAACUCAACUCAGUUAGUGCAAGAUGACCAAGUGAAAGGACCUCUAAGAGUUGGUGCAAUGGUUGAAACCAAAAUGCCUGAUGGUUCCUUUCAAGAAGCUGUUAUCAGCAAGCUGACAGAUGCUAGUUGGUAUACUGUAGUUUUUGAUGAUGGUGAUGAAAGGACCUUGAGACGAACUUCAUUAUGCUUGAAGGGAGAAAGGCACUUUGCAGAAAGUGAGACACUUGAUCAGCUGCCACUAACCAAUCCAGAGCACUUUGGAACUCCAGUCAUUGGGAAAAAAUCUAACAGAGGAAGGAGAUCUUCUCUUCCUGUUACUGAAGAUGAAAAGGAAGAAGAAAGUAGUGAAGAAGAGGACGAAGAUAAAAGGCGCCUUAAUGAUGAAUUACUUGGCAAAGUUGUGAGUGUGACUUGUAAUUCUGAGAAGGCAGAGUGGUAUCCAGCUUUGGUGGUGUCUCCCAGCUGUAACGAUGACGUGACAGUGAAAAAGGACCAGUGUUUAGUUCGAUCCUUUGCAGAUUCCAAGUUUUACUCAGUGGCAAGAAAAGACAUUAAAGAACUAGAUGUUCAAAACUUACCAAAAUCUGAGUCCUCUCCUAAAAAAGGGCUACAGGAAGCAAGCACGUUUCUCAACACAAAGGGUGUUCCUCGGAACUGGAAAAUGGACAUCAGUGAAAUUCUGGAGUCCUCUAGCAGUGAUGAGGAGGAUGGAGCUGCUGCAGAAACUGAUGAAGAGGAAGAAAAGAGAGAGGAGAAAACAGAAGAAGUAGUGCCUGAGGAAGAGCUUGAUCCUGAAGAGAGGGACAACUUCCUCCAACAACUUUACAAGUUUAUGGAAGACAGAGGUACUCCUAUCAAUAAACCACCUGUUCUGGGCUACAAGGACCUUAAUCUCUUCAAACUUUUUAGACUGGUGUAUCAGCAGGGUGGGUGUGACAAUAUUGAGAGUGGUGCUGUAUGGAAGCAAAUUUAUAUGGACCUUGGCAUUCCUAUUUUGAACUCGGCUGCUUCCUACAAUGUAAAAACUGCUUAUAGAAAGUAUCUUUAUGGUUUUGAAGAGUACUGUCGUUCUGCAAACAUUCAGUUCAGGACCAUCCAUCACAAUGAACCAAAAGUGGUAGAAGACACACAGAAACACGUGGAACCAAUGGAGGAAAGUGUAAAAGAGGAACAAAAAAUGCCCCCAACAGAAAUUAAAAAAGAAGCGGAAGAAAAUUAUUCCAGCAGUGAAAGUGAAAAAGAAGAAAUAGAACUAAGAUCCCCAAGGGGACGCAGAAGACUUGCCCGUGAUGCAACCCCUGCUAAAAAGGAGAGUGAAGAGGAUAAAACACAAGACAAAUUAAAAGACAGUAACAAAGAAAACAAAGAUAUAGAGGAAACACCUGAGAAUGCAGAAAAGAAAGAAAAUGAAACUCCACUGGGGAGAAAAAGUACACCAAAGCAAAAAGAGAAAAAAAUUAAAAAACAGGAGGAUUCUGAUAAAGAGUCAGAUGAAGAGGAAGAGAGGCAGAGGGAGAGGGAGGAAAUUGAGAACAAAGGAGAAUCAGAAGGUGAAGAGGAUGAGGAGGACACAGAACCCUGCCUGACUGGAACCAAAGUGAAAGUAAAAUAUGGACGUGGAAAGACCCAGAAAAUUUACGAAGCCAGUAUUAAAAACACAGAAAUUGAUGAUGGGGAGGUUUUAUAUUUAGUUCACUACUACGGUUGGAAUGUAAGAUAUGAUGAAUGGGUGAAAGCUGAUCGGAUUAUCUGGCCUGUGGACAAAGGAGGACCAAAGAGAAAACAGAAGAAAAAAACAAAAAAUAAAGAAGAGAGUGAAAAGGAUGAGAAGAAGGAUGAGGAGAAACAAAAAUCAAAGCGUGGGCGACCGCCUCUGAAAUCUACUCUUCUGUCAAACUCAUCUUGCAGUUUAUCCAAAACACCUAAUAGUGAAGGUAAAUCAGGAGCCAGGAGUGCACGGAACAACUUGUCAGAUUCCUCACCAGUACCAAAUGGAACAGAAGCAACACCUCGCAGGCAGACCAGACGUAGAUCAGGAAUGUUUGAUUCUGAUAGAGGAUCAAACGAUUCUGGCUCAUCUGACAGUGAAGCAGAUGAGUCAUCUGAAAAGAAUUUGAAUGAAGAAUUUUCUCCAGAAACUUCAGAACUGGAAAAAAGUGAAAAACUACAUGAUGAGAAGCUAGAUGAAGAAAACCCAAAGAUUCCUCAUGCAUUGAAAGAAAAUGACAGGACUCAAGUACAGCCACUAGAAACACUGAAACUGGAAGUUGAAGAAAGUGAACAAAUUGUUCAGAUUUUUGGAAAUAAAACAGAACACAUAGAAGAAAACAAAAGAGAGGCUGAAAAAUCACCUAAAGGAAAAGGGAGAAGGAGCAAGACAAAAGAUCCUUCUUUAGAGAAUGCAAAGAUUGCACCAGGAAGCCAAGAAGAGGUGGCAAAUGAAUCUCUCACAGAAUCUGAAAGAUUAGACGUGUCUUCCUUGGACUGUAAGGAAACUUCCAGCACUACUGAAAAUGAAGCAGAACCUUCUACUAAAGAUAAGAAGCUUUUGAAAAGGAAAACUUUGGAACAGGCGUCGCCUGAGAAGAGAAAUCGACGAGAGAGUGAGAUGGAAGUGCCAAAUAUCAUAUCUGAAGAGAGGACCAAUGAAUGUACUGGAGCAGAGGAAUGUAGAGUGCUGAAUGUUGAAGAGUCCCUCAGAACUGAAAAUGAGGAAAUGCCAUCCCUGGUGGCAGAAUCGGUUCAGCAGGGUCAAGAGCUGAGGAAUGAGACCUUCGAACGUCCCUCUGAAGAAAGUGAGAAUGUUCCCUUAAAAGAUGAGGAUGACACGAUGCCUCAGAUCGGUCCUGAGACUUUGCUCUGCCAUGAGGUAGACUUGGAUGACUUGGAUGAAAAGGAAAAGAGCAGUAGCGAAGACACACUGGCAGAAAAGCCAGACCCUAAUUCUGCAAAUUCAAAUCCAUCUGCCUUACCCCCUGCUGCCCCUUCCAGCUUCUCAGUGGCCUCACCUCUUGCCCUCAGCCAGGACGAGUCGCACAGCGUCAAGAGCGAGAGUGACAUGACGAUUGAAGUGGACAGUGUGGCAGAAGAGUCUCAAGAAGGUCUCUGUGAAAGUGAGUCUGCUAAUGGGUUUGAAGCCAGCACGACAUCAAGCAAUUGCAGCAUAGCUGUGCAAGAGCGAGAGAUGGGAGAGAAAGGACAAAAAAGACCCAGUGAUAGCAAUACUGGAACACUGGCUAAAAAACAGAAGCGUACCCCAAAGCGAACAAGUGCUGCAGCCAAAAAUGAAAAGAAUGGAACAGGACAAAGUAGUGACAGUGAAGACCUUCCUGUCCUGGACAAUUCAAGCAAAUGUACCCCUGUCAAACACAUAAAUGCAUCCAAACCACAGAAGAUUUCUCGAUCACCUGCAAGAGUCAUUUCACCUCACAUCAAAGAUGGAGAGAAGGAUAAACACAGGGAGAAACACCACCACCAGAAUGCUUCUCCUAGAGUAUACAAGUGGAGUUUUCAGCUCAAUGAACUAGACAAUAUGAGCAGCACUGAAAGGAUCUCCUUCUUGCAAGAAAAACUACAGGAAAUACGAAAAUACUACAUGUCCCUGAAGUCAGAAGUAGCAACCAUAGACAGGAGGAGAAAACGAUUAAAAAAGAAAGACAGAGAAGUGUCACAUACAGGAGCAUCCAUGUCAUCUGCUUCAUCAGACACUGGAAUGAGUCCAUCAUCAUCUUCUCCUCCCCAAAAUGUGCUUGCUGUAGAAUGCAGGUGAUACACAUUUCUCUGCCUUGCCAGCAACUUGCUGCCAUGGACAUAAAUCCUGAACUUCAACCACAGAAAGCACUCAACUGGUUUGACAUUGCCAAGUAUAUUCUGUACACACUUCCACUGCUGGACUGUACCUGUUCUCCCCUCCAACCUUCUUCUUUUGUUUAAUUUACUGUUCAGAGAAAUUAAGCUCAUUGGUAACUGAAGGUUUGUAGGCACAACGUGACACGCUUGUCAUCGUGUUUGUUUGGGUUUUUUUUUGUUCUGGGUUUGUUUUGUUUUCUUUAUUAAUGCAGAGAAAGGGCACUUAUCAAAUUUGCAAAGUUAUGUCCAGUGAAGCAUUCAGGUGUUCUAGGGAGAUCUUAGAGAAGCAAGUGCACCAAGCAGACACCAGAGUAGUAUCAAAAAGGAUCUUGUAACUGCUGCACUUUCACCAAUCUCUUGGUGAGUAGUUCCUCUCUGUGGAAGCACUUGCUAUACAGAACUGCCAAAGUAUGUGUUCAGCAGUGUGCCCAGUUCUAAAGGUGUAAAUGGGACAAAAUAAAUUGUGAAAGGAAGUGUAGUUGACUGAAAACUACAGUUGUAAUAAGUCUUCCACUUUUUAUAGGAUUUUUGAGCACACGAUUAUGCAAAUAUUUUAAUGUUUAUUAAUGUUUACAGUGGAAUUGUGAAUAGGUUUUCAGUGGACUAUCUUAUCCCUUGACAAAAAUAUUUUGUCUUUUUUCUAUGUAAUUUCAGAGUUUUUAUUUUGUUACAAAAAGACGAAAAAUGAAAUAUAUAACAGCAAUGAAGUUAUUUAACAAGAUUUCUAAAGCUGAAAUUUUUGUGUAAAAUAAGGUAUCUUGCAACUUGUUAAAUAUAUUUAUUCAGACAUUGGAUGUUGUAUUUUUAUGUAUUUUUUAAAAUAUUAAUAAAAUUGGAAAAAAAAAAAAGAAUAAAAUAAAAUUCUAGGUUAGCUCACUCUUUUGAUGAAACUUAUUUACCAGUUAUGGCUCUUAAGGAGGUUUUAUCCAGUAGCCAUGCCUGUCUUUCCAGUGGGUCUGUCUACAUUUUCCUCCACAGCACGGAUCUGUAAGCGGGCAUCUGGAUUAAACUAUGGCUUUAUUUGGAAACUUUGGCAGUCCUAGUACUUAACAUUGUUUUGAGGAACAAAAAUUCAUUGGGUUGCCCUUAAGAUACUUUGCCACAAGUUCUUACGUUCGCUGUACUGCCGAAUGGAUUUCUAUCUCCCAAAGUUGUGAUGCAACAAUAAAGUAAAGCAACUGUGUAUGCCUUGCCUGUGGAUUGUCCCACAGACAGAUACAGUUUGUAAAUAACUCUUCCAAAACCAUGUAUUUAAACAGUUUGCAUAUACAUGAUGUAUAAAAGUGAUUUUUUUAUCAAUUUUUUUAUCCAUGUUUGUACAUUCGAAGGGGGUUCUUAACCCCUUUUUCUGUGUUUAAUAUGCUGUAGAGUAAUAACAUAGAUCCUCUAGACUGUAUAUCAGGAUAUUCUGGUUCACACAGCAGAAAAGUCAGAAGGAAACACUAGUGAUGGCGUCGCAUUGCUAAAAUGGAUGUUUCUUGAGAUUUCAUUUUACAACAUUUGUCAACUUGUGAUUCCAAUUCCUUCCAUUUUCGCAGAAAAUUAAAGAAAAAGUACUCUUGUAAAUGCACUUUUUCUGUCUUUUCUUAAGCAAAGCAGAAGUAUUUCAAUGUAAGAUAAAUAUGGAGCUCACUAGACAGCAUUAAUAAAGGCUAUGUUUUAAACAUAGGCUUUAUAUUCUAUUUUUAUUUAAGUGAUUGUUCUUGUAAAUGUCUGGACUUACCUAAAUAGGAAAAUUAAUCUCCGUAAGUUGUUGUAAGGACUUUUUUUUCAGAGCUAACUUUUACUGUUAAUCUCAUAACAGCUAUGAAUAAAAAGCAAUACUCAUUUAAAAGGAAACUACA